AAUAUCAGCUGUGAAAUGAUGUAACUGGACAUAACCUCUCGGAUAUAUAAAGAGCAUCCUGCUCUGUGCGGGUGUAGAUAAACCAAAUAAAUACUAAGUUUAUUACUGUCGAAACCGCCAGCGUUCGACUCGCAUGAUUAGACGGAUUCGUAAUGUACAAAUUCAUUUUAUCGCAUCGCGGAGUAAAAAUCCUGCGACAGUUUGGGGUUAGGUUGGACUCAGCUAGGGAUCUCAAAAGCCCACAGAUUCUAGCAGCAUGUACAAUCAGGUGCAAUAUGUCCCAGGUGCAGUUCUACAGCGCCUGGAAGAAAGCCAACGAUGAGUCGAUCAGAAAAUUCUUCGAGUAUCCAGAAGGAAACGACAGUGACACAGACAUCCCGCAGACCAGAUGGGACAGCGUUGAAAGCAGUUAUGCGCACCGUAUUCUAGAGCAGAGACAAUCUUACAAAGCGACCGUCGUCUAUCCACCCAAGGUAUUAGAAAAUGAGUUAAUAUCUGAGGAGGAGGUGGACAAGUUAACACGGACUAACUGGAGGCUCGAAAAUGUCGCAAAGGUCGUCGAAAGCUUUAGGAAGAUAUCUCACUACGCCUGUCAGAAGAACGAGAACAUCUACACACAUAAGUAUCAGCUCAUCCUGCUGACACUGGCGACAAACUGCAACAUAUUGAGCGACGAACAGCUCAGCCAUGUCCUCCGCUCGCUCAUGCUUUGGUUCAUAGAAUGCAUCAAUUGGGAGUCCAACUUUUUACAUCUCUACAAAAUCCUUGAUCAGGAGUGCAGAGUACGAGCCGAAAAGUGGUCUCGUUCACAGAUCCUUCUGUUCUGUGAUCACUGGUACAGGCUCAGAUUGCUACAAAAGUCAGAUUUCGUAAAACAUGCUAUGAUCAACCUAGGUAACAAUGUAUCGGAUCUUUCGCAAUCCAAUUUAGUACAGCUUUUGUUCUACGUUGGCAUAGCUCGCAGCAGGCUUGUUAACUUCAAGGAAAUUCAAGUCAGGCUCAAAUUGCUGGUGGACGAUUUGGAUGUUGACGAAAUAGCCAUCAUUGCACUUGGAUUCUUCAAAACCCGCACUCCGAUUAGGGAUCGUAUGCUGCUCACGACCAUGAUUAGGAGAACGACGGAAAAAGUUAACGUCAUUGAGGACAUCAGUUUGGCUGCUAUACUCAAAAUCAGUCGACUUAGCAUCCACCACAAUGACCUGUGGCACCUCUGCCAAUUAUUGGAGUGCACGGUACCACAGAUACCGCGACUCUCAAUGACCUGCUUGUCUCACGUUGUUUUGGCUGCUGCAGCUAAAAGCUUAUUUCAUGCAGAAUUGUUGAAUGCUGCCACAGUGAGAUUCUAUCGAGAAAUAUCCAAGGUCCGGAUGAAGGAUAUAAAUUCGUUAGUCUUUGCUCUGUCCUCAUUUCAUUAUGUUCCCAAUAGGCAACCUGACAUCCUUAAUGCGGUGAUAGACGAACUGAACAACUCUAAACGCAACUUUGAAAUAAAGCUGUACCCGGACUGCCUUGCAAAGUGCCUGCAUAGUCUUAGCUUACUCAACAAACGGCCAAAAAAAUUAAUAGCCAGAGUGCUGAAUCCUGAGAAUAUCGAAAAAGCGUACGCUUUGGACGUGAACAAAUGUCGGGAAAUAUUUGCUUUAGAUUUGAAUGUCGAGACUGAAAUGCCAGACUAUAGCGGCCCGAGACUCGACACAUAUUUGCGGAAAAACCUCGCCAUGAUAAUGACGGACUCUUUGCCGAAAUCUAAGGAUCUGCAACGCACCUUUACCGAUUACCUCAAGUUAGAUGUGAUAAGGGUCUGCGAGGAAUACCUCGGUUCAAAGGAAAUGUUACACGUCGAUCACGUACUGCCGCAAUACUGCCACCCCGAUAUAAUCGUUUGCCUGGAUGCAAUGAAGCGUCCUAUUCCUAUCAGCUCCAUGCUCUCCGGAAUACCUCUUGGAACGGUUAAACGGGCUCCGCGAAUUGACGUAUACGGUACCAAAUGGCUAGCUGUAGUGAUAGGCACCCGAAAUGCGGUUGCGAAAAAUACGAACCGUGUACUAGGACAUUUCCGCGCUAAGUUUAGGCAGCUUGAACAUAUCGGCUACGAUCCUGUUUUGAUACAUUGGCAGGACUGGAUCCUCCUCAAGAAUGACGAACAGAAAUUCAAAUACCUACAGUGCAAGGUUUUCCGCUGAUCUAAACACUCAUCGUCAUCAGUAUCUGUACGAAUUUUAUUGGGUCAUUUUUUUCUGAUUUUAUUGCCUUCCGUCUUCUCGGAAACACUUUUCGGCGUUCAGAAUUUUUCCCGGGGGCGUAACGCCGCCAUUUGAAGUCAUGCAAAGAACUGUAAAAAUCUAUCACAUACACUUGAUGAACUCCGGUCGUGAGAAAUGAAAAUAAACAACAUAAUCGUUAUAUUACGUCGAAGUAGUUCACUUUCGAAUGUUGCGCGUUAUUCCGUUCCUUUACGAUUACGAAGGGCCUGGAAGGCAAAUAGACUUUCUUCUUAUCCGAUGACGCACUCUUUUUAUCACCCACGCAGGCUCGCGUCUUGCGUUUUUUCGCAGGUAAAUUAGCUGGCGAUGC